UGGAGAUACACGCCGCCUCGGAGCUCUGCAGCUCGCUCUGCAGAAACACACGCGUCUUCUUCUAAUUCCAAAAAACAUGAGAAAGAAAUGUUCUUCAACUCUCCCGCUGCAACUUGACUUCCCCGCAGUGUGUUUGGAUUAAGUCACCACGUUGUUCGGAGGGACUCUGCGAGAGGGAACCAUGAGAAGUGUCGGAUCCCGUGGAUGAUGAUGUCCCACAAUGAACGCAGAUUUUCAAAAUCCACUGCAAGUCCCUCAGCCAAAGAUCAGUCAUCUGACCAUCAAAGUACAGUCCAAGCUGAUGUCCAGGCCGUGUCCCCAUUUUCGUGGUCCAAAACCUCCUGUUGCCCCCAAACCAAGACCCCUGUAUGAGCCUUGCCCACAGGGAGAGUCCUGCCCCUCACAGAGCCUCAGUAACGGAGACCUGUCUCACUCUGAUGGGGAUACUGAAGAGCUCGAUGAGAUGGUCGAGGAGAAUCAGGACCAAGAGGAGGAAAGUGAGGCUAAUGGCACUGGAGACAAUAAUACAGAGGAAACAGGAGAGAGUGAAGGAACAGAGAAAGAAGCAGACAUAUUAGAUAAUGAGGGUGAUGUAGACAGUAUAGGCUCUGAGGAAACAGUCAAAGGAGACAAUGCUUCUACUGUCGACACUACCGAAGAUGAAAACACUGACAAUGACUUGAACCAGCCUGAAGGUGGCGAUCACACCGACGAUGAGAUGACGUCAACGCCUUCUCUUCUUCUGACUGAAACAGAGAAUGAAGCUUUAGAGGAGGACGAAGAGGAGAUACAGAGUUUUAAUGAAGAGACUGAAAUAUGCUGUGAGUCUACAGGACUCUCUGAUGAACACGUAGACGAGCAAACCUCUGAUCAAACUCUCCGUCAGAGUGAUAAGGAGAGUGAUAAUGGAAGUGAGGACUAUUUAGACUUACUCACAGACAAGACUGAGGUGGAAGCUGGAGGAUUUGCGUUUGGAUUCUGCGUGCUUCCAACAUUAACCGAGGAGUAUCCCUACGAUGUGAUUGGCCCCACGGAUGAUGCCAGUGAUACAUGUGAGUCAUGUGACCCAGCUGAAACAGGGGAUACAGAGGUAUGGCAACCAGAACGGGCCACAAAAGAUCUUUCCGGAUGUUUUCGAUUCACAUCCAGCACAGAGGAUGUGUUUGGGCCUUAUUCAGUCAUCGAAGCUGUCCCGGGAGAUAUGACGGACACUGCUGACCCAGAGUGGAGUCAGGAUGAUACUGAUGACAAACCUUCAAGUGAACUGCAAACGCCAGGUGCUUCUAACCAGGAACCUUACUAUGUGUCAUCAGAUGAUGUGGACAAGCUAGAGGAUAAGCAGGCCCUCUCAGAAGAGGGCGAGACAGAGGAGGGCACCGAGCUGUCAAUUCAGCACAAAGACAAAGCAAAAGACAGUGAGUCAGCAGAUGAGUAUGCAGACAUUGAUGAUUCUCUCUGUCCCAACGCGGAUGACUUUGAGCAGCAGGAGUGUGUCUCAUCAGAGGAUUAUGUGGAGAUAGGUGACGAUGAUGAAGAGGAAGAACAGGAAAAGAAACAAAUCAGAGGAAAAAGUGCUAAAGAGAGAACUGCCAAACGAGAGCAGGCCUUCCACAACCAGAGAAAAAGCUGUCAGCCUCGCCUUAGGUUGUGCAACAUAACAGUGCCAGCAGACCUAGACCUAGGUCGCACCCCAGAGCUCACUAACAGAGUGGUGUUUGCCCACACAACUGAGGCCUUUGAAGAAGACAUUGAGGAACUGGACUGCCAUAUUGUGCCUUACUAUGAAAACACAGACUCCGAGAGUGAAGAGCAUAUUUACGAAGAGGCUGGAUUUGACUCAGAAGGGGAGAACUUCGUAACACUGGAUAGGAAAACUAUCGUCACACGGUCUCGCUCUUAUUCUGGAAAAAUUACAGGCUAUGUCCCAGAAACUGUACCAGAAGAGACAGGGACAGAGUACCAGACUCAUGACUACUGUACAGUGGCCUUAAAUAAGAAUGGUGAACCACUCAACCAUUCACGGCAGCCAGGGGUCAACUGUUUGAUCCCGUCAAUGAAUUCUCGCCGCUUCUUGUUAUACUCACGGUCUGCAGAGGGUCCAGAAUUGUCCUUGACUUCCCCAACAGAAAUCAAACAAUCUCUGAAGGAUGAGAUCAGGAUGAGGAGGAAAGAUGAUACCCUCUCCCUCCCAUGUGUCAUAACCUCUUCUGGAAGCUUCUCCCAGCGUAGCCAUCAAUCGUCCAGCGGUGUUUCUACACCAACUUCUCUAGUGGACAUCCCACCGCCCUUUGAGCUGGCAUACAUUACUAAAAGACCAGUCACCAAGAGUUCCCCAUCCCUGCUGAUCCAACAUGAACCCAGUGACAUACCUAAGAAGAAGAAGUCCUCCUUUAAACGUUUUCUAGCACUGAAGUUCAAGAGGAAGACAGAUUCUAAGGGAUUCAGUGAUGUAAGUGUUCGCUCUUCACGUUCCUCCUCUGAGUCCAGCCACCACGGCAGAGUUAUAGAGCUGGACCGUAGGAGCACUGGCAGCUCACCUCAGCUUCAGUCCCACCUGGUGAACCCGCAGCAGCGUCUUUCAGACCUGCCGUCUAGCUUUGUCUUUGACAAUGUCCACCAGAGGAGGAAAGGUGACCUCAAAGCUUAUGGCAGAGGCGUCUCCAGAGUGGAGUCCUUUGAGGAGCGCUCUCGCCGCUCUGUGAUGCCUCUGCCUUUGACCAAACCGCGCUCCAUCUCUUUCCCCAGUGCAGACACCUCAGACUAUGAAAACAUCCCAGCCAUGUGCUCAGACUAUGAAAACAUCCAGAUCCCAGGCAGGCCGACCAGAUCCCACACUGUGACAGAAUUUUUUGAGGAUCCAAACCGCACAACAGUUGCCUGUAAUGAAAAUGAUGGCUAUGUGGAUAUGAACAGUUUCCCUGGGAUUGACAGCAAAGCUCAGACAUUGAAAGCAGACACCGAAAGCGCCUACACCGAGCCUUUCCCGAUGAACCCCGUCUCUGCUGGGCUGUCAGCGGAUGAGGACCAUGGCCGUACCUCCGAGGAAGAGGAGGGAGUGGCGGAGCAGAGUUAUGACCGACAGAUUGAUGGCCGAUCCCGAGCGUUCUACGUCGCCAAGGAGCUCGUCGACUCGGAGAGAUUACACGUCGAAGCCAUCAAGUACCUUCAAGAGGACUUUAGGUCAGCUGUGGCUGACACACUGGGUGAGGGAGGGGAGCCGGUGCUGGAGGAGCAGAGGCUGGGGGAGAUACUGGGCGUGCUCCCCCAGGUCUACACCCUCCACAGCAGCAUCCUCUCUGAGCUGGAGGAACGCAUCAGUCAGUGGGAGGAGAGCCAAAGGGUGGUAGAUGUGAUUCUGUCUCGUCGGGAGGACUUCGGUGUGUUUGACACGUACAUCUCAGAGUAUGAUCGCAGCAUGUCCUUACUGGAGGAGAGCUGCAGGAACAACCCAACAUUCGCCAGCAUCGUCAAGAAGUUUGAGACACGCGCCCCAAAAGAAACUGAGGUCCCACUGAAACACCAGCUGCUGCAGGUCGUAGUGAGAGUUCUUCAGUACCGGAUGCUACUCACAGAUUACCUGAACAACCUGUCUCCUGACUCUAAAGAAUAUGAAGACACACAAGCUGCCUUGGUGAUCGUGUCCGAGGUGGCCGACCAGGCCAACGACAAUUUGAAACAGGGGGAGAACUUGCUGCGUCUGGUCCACAUAGAGUACAGUGUUAAAGGAAAGAGGGACCUCCUGAAGUCUGGAAGGAUGUUUGUCAAAGAGGGCACACUAAUGAAGGUGUCGAGGAAGAGCAGGCAGCCGCGACACCUGUUUCUGAUGAAUGAUAUAAUGUUGUACACCUACCCUCAGCAGGAUGGAAAAUACAGGCUUAAGAACACACUGUCUCUGUCUGGAAUGAAGGUGAGCAAACCUGUUCUAGACAACGUGUUGAACUGUCUCAAAAUUGAGGUGUCUGACAUCACCAUUACACUCUCCGCCAGUUCGGUCGGAGAGAGGGAGGACUGGUUCCACACUCUGAGUCGAGCCAUAGCGGACCAUGCUGCAGGACUCUGCACGUUUGGUGGACCCUGCAGUGAGGCACGUGAGAAGUUGUGGAUGGCCCUGGGUGAAGCUGCUCCUGUGCUGGUGCCAGUGUCUCAUGUGAUGAUGUGCAUGAACUGUACCUCUGACUUCAGCCUCACACUAAGACGACACCACUGCAACGCCUGUGGCAAGGUUGUCUGUCGUGCCUGCUCCAGGAACAGAUACCCACUAAAGUACCUCAAAGACAGGGUGGCCAAAGUUUGUGACCACUGCUAUGCCGAGCUCAGGAAAAGAGGUGGGAGUGUGUCGGGGGCAUGCGGCAGCUCCAGCCCUCGGACUCACCGGGCCAGUCGUCCCCUCUCUGCUGUCUUCCAGAGCCUGCAGCCCCCAAGUUUGUGGAAGAGCAGGAAGAGCAGCUCGCCUCUCAAUCAGGUGUCGCUCGGCGUGGAGGGCUCCACCAUGAGUGGCAGCCUGCAGCGCCGAAAGAAGAGCAAGAGGAAGUGGAAGCGGCUGUGGUUCCUCCUCAAAGACAAGGUGCUCUACACCUUCACAGCCCGUGAGGAUAAAGUGGCUGCGGAGAGUCUCCCUCUGCAGGGUUUCACCGUGAAGCUGACAGAGAGACCAGAGGGGGAGGAGAGCAGCAACGUGUUCCAUCUGUACCACAAGAAAACCCUCUACUACAGUUUCAGGGCUGAAGAUCAACAGACUGCCCGCAGGUGGGUGAAUGCCAUGGAGGAAGCUACUGUUUUAUAGCACCUGCUCAGUGAGACUGCUGUGUGUGGCUGCUAGAACUCCUCUGUGGAGCACAACAUAGCUACCUGCUGCAUCUGGUGAGGAGUCAUCAUGUCUGGCCUGUUGUGGAAUAUAACACGACACAAUGAUCACCAGGGGCGUCUUACACGAGGCUGCCGGUCAGAACAUUAUAAGGAGAACAUUUUAUUCCCUCAGCUUCAACAUUGUACAAGCGCCAUCCUGUUAAAAUCUCUUUGCUGUAUUUUGGCGUCUUUGACCGGCGUCUCCACUGAAUUCUGAGCUACUCUUUUGGUUCUGAAGGAGAUCGUCACAUCACAACUCUGUUGUAAUCCAAGGGAUAUUUUCAAGGUUACUUUCCUGCAAAAUGAUCAAAAACAACCAAUGCUCCUCAGUAGUUUUCACAGCUCAUUAAAGGUAAAAUAUCUUAGAGAGAUGUCUGGUAUUCUGAAUAUAUAUUUGGCAUUCUGAAUAUAUAUUCCGAUGUAUACACUACUGAUGCAGAUACUGAAAUGAAUUUUAUGAUUAUAUGUGUAUUUGUGUUACACUGUGUUCUGAGUAAGAGGUCAUUUUAAUCAUCGUAGUGUGCGUACAUAAUAUUUCUUGUGGCGUUUUUACACAGUAAAAAUACACUCUUGUAUUGAAUCUACAGAGCGAUGGAUUGACCCUCAGCAUGACAGCCAGUCAACAGUCCCUCUACACUCAUGAGAACUUGCUUUGUAUUUGAAUCUGUAGGUUUUUUAAAUCCUUUCACAGUUUGACAUGCACAGUUCUCAAGUGCCAGUUAUUUCCAUCCUGUUGAAUGCAGUGCAGUUUGCAACUGAUGAUGAAUGUGCCUGAAAUGAAAUUGUACUCCUCAUUUGUUUUCAUGUUAUCACAGUACUGUACUACUGUCAUGUCCUCACAAAAGACCUUGAUAACAUUUGCUUUUUCUAAAAUCUAGUCUUGUAUACUGUAACCUUCUAGUAUUAUGAACAGUUCUGUUACUCUCCAGUAACAUAAGAAUAUACUAUUGUGCCAUUUUUUAUGAAUGCCUUUUUUCAUGCUGUAUACACUGCUGGAUGUAAUUACAAUUUAACCACUUGGACAUUAUGAACACUGCUAAGAAAAAAACCUUUGUUAAACUACCUAUAAUCUGCAAUCGUUUGUCAUCUGAGCCGAAGGAAACACACUUCCUCUCCACUGUUCAAACAUGAACACCCAUCACUUCUCUUAAAUAACCAACCUGAAGGCGUUAUCUGCUCUGUAACACAAGGGAUCCUUCACACUGUCAAACCACAUCAUUUCUCAAGCACACAAUCAUCAAGUACUGUGCAGCUUUUCUACCUUUUUCUUAUUGGCCAUACUGAUAGUGUUAUUAUGGAUUGUACCUCUUGCAUAUA